UUGGCAUUGGAAAGGUUCACACCCAAAAUCCCCAAAACAAACAAAUUCGACAGACGACAAGUUUUGAAGCACAGAAACUGAAAGUUAUUUCAACUCUUCAUCAUUUGUCUCGCUGUAUAAAUUUAUAUUUUUCUGAAUUCUUAUCUUAGAUGACAAAGACAGGAUUGCGAAAUGUCUUCCUUUCCGCUGGAUUCAGAACUGGAGACUCGCAUAAAGAAAGGUACAGAAAAGAUAUCAGAGAAUAUGCAUAUAGUGGCCAAUGAACCAUCCCUUGCUUUUUAUCGCCUUCAAGAACAUGUUCGCAAGUCUUUGCCUCCAAUGGUUGAAAAGCGAGUGGAAGUUUUACAUUUGAAUCAGGAUUUACAAGGUUGUCUCUAUGAUGUAGAGUAUGGAGUCAGUGCUGUUAAAUCCAUUGAGAAAGCACAAGCAAGUUUUUCAAAUAUAAAAGAUCUUAUGAAAAGUGCUCUGACGUUCAAACAACAGUUAAAACAAGAGGAGUUGAAAAGAAAUAAGAAAGAUCUGACAUCAUCGUCAGUGUAUCGUCGACUGUCAGCCCACAUCUCACUGGACCAUACCCGUUCUGCUCGUUCAGUAGGAAACACAACUUAAAGUAAAUUGCACUGCCAAAUUGGAGUUGCCAAGCAUAAGAAACAGACUAUGUUUGUGAUAUUUAUUGGUAAAUUAUCUUUCCUACCUCUGUGAAUUGCUUAAGAAAUUUAUAUAUUCAUUGCAAAUUGGUAGUAGUUUUACAGUCCUUUGUUUGAUCCAGGAAGUGGUUCUUUACAUUUGUAAAGAACACAAAUAUCGCUUUAUAAAAGUUUUCAAUAUACUACCAAGUUGGAAAUGACCAGUAGCCCAUAUAAAAGACUGACUAAACUUAUUUUUAAUUCAUACAGGGUUUAUUCUAGAUUAACUUAUGCCUGAAGUUAGAGGAGUUUGUAAGAAAACAACAGUUUCAAAAUUUAAUAAUUACUGACUAAGAAUGUCUAUUGGAAUUAUUUUUAAAUAUUUUUUGUUGUUCUUGUCUUUUCUGUAAUGUGUGACUGUUGAUAGAUCAUGAAAGGUGGUCAAAGGUUUCAAUGUGAAUUAAAUCCAACAAAUUUUA